UUAAACCACAACCGACGAGAACAAGACGGAAACUGAAACUGUGGUGUAAAAAUAUUUUCGUUCUACCGACUACCGCUCGUCGCCGUGGCUUUUUUGUGCGGGAUUUUCGAAAAAAGCUUGCUACCUUAAAGUUUAUUUCAAAAUGUCUCAACUUAAAUCGAUCGAUGGAACAGAACUUAAUGAGUACGUCAUAAAUUUGCUGCAUAAAAAUAAUAUUAGCACAGCAAUUGAAUUUCUUGGAAGUGAAGACAGUAAAUUGUGCAAAAUUACAAAUUUACCAGAGUCCCAAAUUGCUGCAAUCAAAAUUAAGUUACGUCGUCUUUAUGGUCCUCAAGUUGUUGAUGGUUUACAUUAUUGUAGUCCACAAUGGAAAGUUAAAUACAUUACUGGAAUAGAAAGUUUGGAUAAAUUGAUAGGCAAUGAAUUUCGUCCGGGAAGAAUCUACGAAAUUUGCGGCUAUUCAGCGACGGGAAAAAGCCUUCUCUGCACUACAAUUGCUUUAAAUUUUGUUCAAAACCAUUCAACCGAUGUCAUUUACUUAGAUACCAAAAGAGAUUUCUCCGGAACACGAAUGCACAAAAUGUUAACUGCAAGAAAUAUAUCAAAAGAUGAAAUUGGUCGAAUAAUGCAUAAAAUCAUUGUCCAACGAUGUUAUAGCCUUCGUGAUUUAAUAAAUGUUUUGGAAAAGUUGUUGGAAGGCUUGAGAAAUAAAUCGUUUACACCAAAACUUGUCAUUGUUGAUUCCCUACCCUCAGUUUGGUAUCUUUUUCAUGGUGAAGAUGGAUCUAAGAAAGGUAAGACACUUUUAACUCAAUGUGCCUACCUUCUGAAGCAAAUAGCUAAAGACCACCAACUCCUGGUAAUCUGUGUGAAUGUUAUGGUGCGAAAUAUAAACGAAGAGGAACCAGUCACUGCAAUGGACAUAGAAGAUAGACUCGAGUUGGCCGGAAAUAAUCAGCAGCAUCAACAUUCCCAACAACAACUUGAACCGGCAAUUGUUUCAAAAUCAAACUCGAAGCCAUCGCUGGGCAAGUGUUGGGAUGCUGUGCCUACAAUACGCCUUACAAUUGAAGAUCCAUUCUACGAAGCUAUGCUAAAUGAAGUGUCUACCACUCAAAAUCGAACUGGCGAAGCUCGGAAUUCAGCUGAAACCAUGGACAAGAAUCAACGCAUCGUGCGAGUGGCGAAGAGUUGUUUUAGUUCAACUGGAUCCGAGUGCACAAUCACGGUGGCCGACACUGGGAUGCACUAGAACUCUUUUACUUGGCACAAUGGUCUCGGAGAGACCAGGACGAUUGCGUUUUUUCGCGUUGAUUGUUGUUGGUGACUCUUCGGGAGAGUUAAAGCUGUCGUUUGGGGUUUGAGUGCCUCCAUAGAGGCGUUGUUGUAUUU